AAAGACAACAGUGAUAAAAAUGGAGAAUAAUUUCGAGCAAGUGGAACGCGAGCUGUUGGAGCAAGCAAAUGGAGUCACUAACUUGGGCGAGUGUUUUAUGUGGUUGCAGAGAUGCGACGAAUUUAUACAACAACUUGAGGAACAUAGCCGCAUCAAGCGUCCUCGGCUUGCCGUCGGACAGAGACAAUCGUUGGUUGCGAGGAUCGCGCGACUCGAGAGUGAAAAAACAUUAUUACAAAGACGUUUUGUACAUGUAGGCGGUAAUUACGCGAGCACUAGUAAUAACGCGAAUAAACUCGUGUGGCGGGAAAUAGAUGCAGCGUUCGAGAAUCGCAUUCAGACAGGUGCAGUGAUAAAUACAAACUAUAUUGAACCGCGAACGUUUUUAGAAGACGCAGGCGGUAUAGUGCUCGAGCGAAUGCGGGACGCUCUAGAGGAACACAACAGUGUGAAAGUAAACACUGCGUUUAAUAGUGUGUUUGUAACGGGUGAUAACCGUGCAAACAAAAGUAUAAACACUAAAAAUUGUGAAUUAUUUCAAAUGUUAAAUUUGGACGAGUGGUAUGAGCGACGCGUUAUCGAGCCCACAUUAGCAUCACUCGAAGAGUUUCAAGAACGUGAUAGCGGGUGGGCGCUAUUGCGAAUUCUCAAUUUGACUCUAAAUAUAAAUAAGUAUAAUCCUCUACACGCAGGGUGUCACGUGACGUUACCGCGAGAAAUAAUAAUGAAACGUGCGGUAGUGAACGUUAAUUCAAAGGACAAUGCAUGCUUCGCGUGGUCAGUGGUCGCUGCGCUAUACCCUGCCGAAAGAAAUUCAGAAAGGGAGUCAUCAUAUCCGCAUUAUACAACAGUUCUAAAGUUUGACGACAUUGCGUUUCCCAUUACACUAAAGGAUAUAGGAAAAUUUGAGAGUCUUAACAAUGUAUCGAUCAACGUCUACGGGAUCAAAAAGGAAAUGGCGAUGCUAAAGAUUCUUCCGCUGCGACUCUCCAAUGACAAGAAAGAGAAGCACGUCAAUUUAUUAUACUUGCAAAAUCUGCGCGAAGGCGGCGUGGGUCACUUUGCUUGGAUAAAAAAUCUAUCCCGUCUCGUUAGCUCCCAACUGAAUAAAAAGGAGCACAAGAAAUACAUUUGUGAUCGGUGCUUGCACUAUUUUACGUCUUGCGAGAGGCUGCAAUUACAUGAUGUGGACUGCCAGACGAUGAACGACUGUGCUAUCACACUGCCCGCUGAAGACAACAAAUGGUUAAAUUUUCAGAACGUAAACCACAAGGAACGAAUGCCCUUCGUUGUCUACGCAGACCUCGAGUGUGUGCUGCGGAAGACACAACACAAUGCAGAGCAAGCGUCGUACACAUAUCAACAACACGAAGUAUUCAGCAUCGGAUACUACGUGCGAUGCUCGUACGACGACGCGUUAUCUACGUAUAGGUUUCGUCGCGAUAAAGAUUGCAUCGCGUGGUUCACGAAACAAAUUGAAAAAUUAGCGCAUAAUGUUAAAACUCGUUUAUCCACUAAUGUCCCCAUGGAAACGUUAUCGAAAGAACAAUUGGAGGCAUACCGUAGCGCGACGCGGUGUCAUAUCUGCGAUAAGCCGUUUGCGCCAGACGAUACGCGGGUGCGCGAUCAUUGUCACCUGACCGGUCGUUACCGCGGUCCAGCACAUUCUCUUUGUAAUCUAAAUUAUCGAAAUGUAUCAUAUAUACCAAUUAUUUUUCAUAAUUUAUCUGGAUACGAUUCACAUUUCAUUAUUAAGGAAAUAGCCACUGCGUUCAAAGGGAAGACCGACAUACUCUCCAUCACUAAAGAAAAGUACAUUUCUUUCACAAAACAUGUCAUAGACACAGAUAAAUUAAAUCCACACAAUUACAUAAAACUACGGUUUAUAGAUUCAUAUAAAUUUUUAAAUACUAGUCUCGAAAAAUUGGUAUCGUUUCUAGGUAAGAAAAAUUAAAAAUUGUACGUUCCAAAUUUUUACACUUGUCUGACAAGGAUUUCGAUUUAUUGACACGAAAA